GAAUUGGUUCGUCGUGUCGGUCGUUAAACGCUUUCGUAACGGGACGCUUAUACGGUGCGGUACGGUGCGUGCACAACUACAACUACACGUAGUACUACAGUACAAUAAUAAUACUAAAAAUAAUAAAAUAACAAUAGUAAAAGGAAGAGAAAAAAGAAGCAUACAAACACUGUGUGUAAUCGGCAAAAAAAAAAAACAAACACAUACACAUACUUUUUUUUUUGUGGACUGUCGACAAGUCGCGCGCGUUAUGCAAAUCCCAAAACGCAGAAGGUGAAGGCGUUCAAAUUCAAAUUUACAUUCAGAUUUAGAUUUCAAUUCCAACAACAGUCACAGCCGCAGAGUUUUCUCAGCCACUAGCAAAAGAUACAAAUGCAGGGGGCGCGUUUUGCGGGCGUGUCGCCAACAAGUCGCCAACAGCAACAGCAACAGCAACCGUAGCAGCAGCAGUUGCUUCAGCACAGCUUGUUCUACUCGCUGUUGCAGUGGCCUAAUGCGAGACGCCACAAAUUUGGCAAAGUGACUGCUGCAACGUGUAUUAGCCAGGGCCAACCAGUUGAGAACCAAAAUCGAAUGCAAUUAAAGCUUAUGACACCAGCAACGCAAACGUAUCUCGAAAAGAUCGCUGCAAUUGGCAAGCAAGCAAAAGCAAGUGUGUGGAAAAAAACAGCUCGCCGCAUAGCGAACCAAAAUAAUACAACAACAAAUAUCAAAUAAAAAAAAGUAACAACAACAACAACCAACAAAAAUAACAACAAUUUAUACACAAUAUCGAAAAAGUGUUAAAAUUCAAAAUAAACUUCACAACUAAGUGUGCCAACCACAGCAACGUCAACAGCAGCAACACCAGCAGCAGCAACAACAACAGCAACAACAACAGCAAAAGCAACGCAACGGCAACAACUGUAACUACAAGCUAGAAGCUUGAAGCAUAAACAGCCGGCCAACAACUGCAACAACAACAUAAAUGACAAAUUAACAUGCUGCCACGAAAAUAAUCAAAAGCGAUAAUUAUGUUGAAUAUUUGUAGUUAAUUUGCAAAGUCAGCGUAAAAAAAAACAAAACACAAAACAUCAAGAGAAAACAAAAAACACACCAAAAUACGACAACAAACACGAACAAAAAACAAUCAAAAGACACUACGACUACAGCAAAAAAAGCCGAAACAAUGAUUAUAUCAAGCCCAAGCCAGCCAGCAAACCUGUCUGGCACUGGGACAACGUCGUCGACGUCGCCGUUGAGUGAAGAAAGCGUCGAAAGUGAUUGCAAUUGUGCGGGGGCAGCAACAGCAGCGGGUGUGGGGGCGGGGACGGGGACGACAGCUCUAAUGAUGGGCAGGGCGGCCAGACAAAUGCAAACGCCUGCCAUGGAGGCAGCUACAUCAACAACAUCAUCAACAACAGCAACAACACCUACAACAACAGCAGCAGCAGCAGCGGCCAUAACAACAACUAUAACAAGCAGAGCUUCAUUAACGCGUCCGGCCUCCGAGUCCGAGCUGCUUGUGGGCACUGGCACAUCAGGCACCAGCUCAUCCGGUGGCGGUCGUCCUGGUCACCGCAAAUCCUCGCUGGCGCUGGCACUUACGCCCGAGGAUGAGCCAAUGGAUGUCUAUACGCGCAAUCUCAUGGACUUGAAAUAUCCAACCGUGCUACCACCGAAUCCUCAACUUAAGGCGCUUUUAGUUUUUCACAAAUCGGAUAGCAUCUGCGAAGUGGUCACCUUGGCCUGUCAGCGCCAUCAAUUGGACGUAACGCUGGUCAAAUCCAAGGAGGAGGCGCUCGACACUCUGCAAAAGUCAUAUGCCACAGCGCAGUGCUAUCACCUAAUUAUAAUUGAUGCGCGCUCCACAAAAGGUCUCGAUGCCGAGCACAUUGCAAGAACAAUACGUCACACACAUGGACAUCAUUUAACGACAAUAAUUGCGGUCUGUAAGAAGAGUUUCUUUGAAAAGGAUGACGCGCUAAUUGCUCUAUUGGACGCUGGCGUUAAUAGAUGCAUUGCCGAGACAACCAACUUGGCCAUGUGCAGCGUGGAACUGAAGCAGAUACUGCACUCAAUCAUAAGGCCCCAUAAUGUCAUGUCCACUCAACAGGCACUCUAUACGGCACUGCAUCGGCUGAAGGAGGUGGUACUCAUCACGGACGACUUGCUGCGCAUACAGUACGCGAAUCGUGCCACAGAACGUCUGCUCAACAUGCGGCUGGACGAAAUAAUUAGCAAGCCAUUAGCGGACAUCUUUGUCUCCGAUCUGUCCACCAUCAGUGAGCAGGGCAAGAGCAUUAAGGAGUUUGAUGGCAUAUUGACGGUGCGCCGCAAAAACCAGGAGGGCAUCCCCAUGCACGUGCGUGUCGUGCCUGUGGCCUGCAUUGGCAGCGCUCCCACACAUCUGAUUUUCAACUUUGAUAUACCCGGUGGCGGUAUGGACUUUAUUGCCACACUGCCGCAGCCAAAGGAGGCGCCACGCGGCUCACUGCAUUCGGUGCGUCGCUGCAGCUUUGAUGUUCGCUCCAUUGCCUCCGAUGGACUGCGACGCACUAGCUUGGCAAAGCUGACAUCGCUGCCCCUCGAGGCGCCCAUUACCAAAAUAAUCAAUUUACUAUCACAAGUACAGGAGAAUUGUUCAGCCGACGAGGCACGCCUCAUCGACAAGGUCUUGGAGUUCCUCAAACGCGAGGGACUCUACAGUCCCCAAAUGAAGGAGAUACGCACCGAUGAUCCCAUUGCAACCGAUCUAAUUGGCGCUCUCUUAACGGGCCCCAGCGUUUACUCGUCCCGUCGCAGCUCGAAUGACUCCAUCAUCCGCACUGGCAACUCUACGCGCACUGCGAUUGUGCCCGCCAAGAUGAAGGCAAAUCCGAUUGUCAUGGAACUGCUUGAAGAAUCUCUUAGCUGGGACUUUGAUAUUUUCAAAUUGGAAGAGAUCACCGAUUACCAUCCACUGCUGUACUUGGGCAUGGAAAUGUUCCGGCGCUUCGAUGUCUUUGCCACACUGAAUAUUGAUGAGAACGUAUGCAAGGCCUGGCUGGCUGUUAUCGAGGCACACUAUCAUAAGAGCAACACAUAUCACAACAGCACACACGCCGCAGAUGUUAUGCAGGCAACGGGCGCGUUCAUCACACAGCUGACCAACAGAGAGAUGGUAAUGGAUCGGAUGGACGAGGCCACCGCUUUGAUUGCGGCCGCUGCCCACGAUGUCGAUCAUCCGGGGCGUUCUUCUGCCUUCCUCUCCAAUUCGAACAAUCCGCUGGCUAUAUUGUAUAACGAUCUAACAGUGCUGGAGAAUCAUCAUGCAGCCAUCACAUUCAAGUUGACGCUGGGUGAUGACAAGAUCAACAUAUUCAAGAACCUCGAUAAGGAAACUUACAAGUCAGCGCGCAGCACAAUUAUCGAUAUGAUUUUGGCCACCGAAAUGACGCGUCACUUUGAGCACUUGGCCAAAUUUGUUAGCGUCUUUGGCAGCGAGGUUGAACCGCGUGAGCUGGUGCAGUCGGAGGAGGAGACUUCGAUACUCAUGCGUCGCAUGCUCAUCAAGGUGGCCGAUGUGAGCAAUCCCGCCCGGCCAAUGCAGUACUGCAUCGAGUGGGCGCGUCGCAUUGCCGAGGAGUACUUUAUGCAGACGGACGAGGAGAAGCAGCGGCAUCUGCCCAUCGUGAUGCCCAUGUUCGACCGUGCCACAUGCAGCAUACCAAAGAGCCAAAUUGGUUUCAUCGAAUACAUAAUACAGGACAUGAUGCACGCCUGGGACAGUUUCAUUGACAUGCCACAGCUGAUCACGUGCAUGCAGAUCAACUACUCACAGUGGAAGAAAUAUGAUGAGCAGGGCGUGAACACGCUGGCCGAUAUAAUGGCCAAGCAGCCGCCUGUGGGCAACAAGCCGUCCAAUUCCAAAUAGCAUACGGCUUUCCGGAGAAUAUUCUCGGGUUUUCUGAAGCCGCUGCCGGCCCAGGCGCCUGCCACAUCCACAAUUGGCGAGAACGAAAUGGAGGAUAUGCUCUAGUGCCGGCGCAGCCGGUCUAGGAGCUGCAACUUGCGUCGCACUCUCUCGGCAUAGAUCUGCAUAGAAUGUUCUUGUCUUCUUGUCGUUUGUUGCAUACACAUAUCUCGACUAAAUAACGCUUCCACAACUGCCUUGUGUACGUACAUGUGUGUGUGUGUGUGAGUGUGCCAAAGGAUGUGCAAAAGGAUUUACUACAACACACACACACACAGACAGUACACAUGCAGGCUAACAAAUACAAAAAACUGUCGCAAAUGUUUGAAGAGCAAAAACAAAAAACUAAAAAAAAAACAAAAAUUAUUGGGCUGGACUCAAAAUUUAAUAUUUAAGUAACAUCACAAAAACAAACAACAAAUUGUAUGUGUGACUGACUGCGUGAAUGCGUGCUUGUGUGUGAGUGAGUGUGUCUGUCUGUCGUUUUGCUAUAUAUGAAUAAAAUACAAAAUACAAAUACAACAAAAAAAAGGAAAAUACAACAACUAGCAAACAUAGUUAAAUCCUGCUGCUCCUCUUCGGAGGGAGGCAGCGAGGCGUGCGCUCAAGAGUACCUAAAAUGGUAUAAAAAAGCAUAAUCAACACUUGCAUACUGCAUCUAUACAUGUACAAUGUGUAGUAGUAUGUGUGUGUCUACAUAUAUUCCUUCUACUCCCCACCCUAUCACACACGAUGACAAUCUCUAUUAAAUGGCAUAAAUAUCUACCACAUAGUUUAAAUGUCCAAACUAAAUUUUAAAUUAAGGCACAAUAUCAAGGCCAUAGCUAGAUGACGGCUGCAUGAGUGUGUGAGCGUGUGUGUGUGAGUCUAUGAGUCAGUGUGUGUGUCUCCAGGAAUGAAAAGAGAAUGAUGGAAUGCUAAGAAGUGCAGAGUGCAAACGAACUAUUGCUAGUAUUAGACAUCUAAAAUGCUAUUACUAUAAAAAAAAAAAAUAUCUGAUUAGCAAAGCAGCAACAACAAAUUCGAAUCCACAAAAAACGUAACGUGUGAAAACAAUCUAUGGGGCCCGUUACAAUUACCUUCUAUCUACACAAUAUUAUGAACUAUCCCAUAUACCUACAAUAUAUAUAUAUAUUAUAUAUGAUUAAUAUUGAUGUAAAUCUAUGAAGAAUCAAGCUACAUGCAAAACCAUUUAUAAUUAAGUGAAUCCUUUUUGAAAUCUUUUUUAUCUAAUUGACUGAACAAAUUACAUAUUAUACAUUAUAUAACAAGUAAAUUAAUACGAAUCGAUAAUACGUUCUUGUUAAAAUAAACAACAUGAAAAUGAAAAUGAAAUUGAAAGUAUGGUAAAUAAAUGAAAGCAAAGGCAGAAUAAUAAGAGUAUAUUAUGAUAUAUACAAUUUAUAUACAACUUUUACGAAGCAUAAGCAUAUUCAAAGAAUAUAUUUAUAUAUUAUUAUUAUAUAUGUAUGUAUGUAUAUAUGUACACAUAUAUGUGUGUGUGUGAAAGUGAGUGUGUGUGUGUGCACGCGGAACACUAUAUCAAAGAACACAUUCAACAUUCACACUGUUAUUUGUAUCUGUUAUAAACAUUUUUGAUACAGUUUAUAAACGCGACUCGAACCCAAGAACCAAAUGCAAAUUUGUCAAAAAGUUUUCUAAAUCCAUCACACACACAUACAAACACACACACAGAGACUGUACACAAAUACAGAUAUACGAGAGUGCAUAUAUACAUACGUUUAUUGUUGUUAAUGUGUGUGUUUAACGUACGUUUGUGUAUGUGUGCAAAUGACAUGCAUACGCAUCUUAAUAAGUAUUUACAAACAAACAAAAAAAAAGAAGAAAAACAAAAAAAAAACACAAAAUGAAAGCGAAAAAGAAA